GCCGCCCAACCGUAAACAUAAACAUUUAAUAUUCAGUUUCGAUUCCAAUAAUGGCAAUUUAAUGCAUACAUUCUAGAAGCAGCUGAACCGGAUAGCUGCUGCUGGGCCACAGAUCACGCGCGUUCAAAGAUAAGAACCACGACUUUGUUUGCUCAGUUGUACCAACACAUUAUUCAUUCAUGGCGAUGAAAGUAUGCCAAAGAAGCAACAGCAGCAGCAGUGGCGCCCGUAGCCAAAACGACUGGUGAUCUCACUUUGUGCCGUCCACCCAGCUCCACCGGCUUGAUAAAAUCCGCAAUCUCGGCUAAUGGUUCGAGGUUUUAUCACCUGCGUGAUAUCAUAAAAGUCUGCGGCUUACGCGAUAAGCGGGCAGUGGCGAAACGUUGGACCUCAGUUCGGCAAGAUAAUCAGUACGGGUUCGACAACGAUUUGACUGCCGUCCAGGUUGGAAGUAUGGUAGUGUCGAUGAACUUGUUCCUUGGUAAACGAAAGUUGGUGUUGACGGCGGCUACUCUGGUGGCCUUGGUCUACAUUCUGUACUCGAUCGACUAUCACACGUACAACGAAAACUGCUUCGCGCGAGGGUUCCCCGAACCCCAGCGAACGCUCGAAGAUGUCCAGAGGGCGCACAAGCAGCCUCACCGCGGGCGGAACAUCUUUUUCCAUGAAACAUCCUGUUCGGCGGACGGAGUUAUCAAGUUGAACGCACGCCAGGCUUGUGCCAUCGAGUCGGCGGCCCGCAUGAACCCCAGCUGGAACGCGUUCGUCCUGUUCGCCGCUCCGGUGGGGUUCCGGAACAAGUCGGCACUUCCGCUGCUCGAUGCACUGCUAGCGUACCCGAACGUGAACCUGCGGUUCGUGAACCUCACGACGUACGCCGAGGACACUCCGCUCGACGCCUGGAUGCAAAGUGGGGAGAUAUUCCGCUCGCGGUACAUGAACUCCCACCUGUCGGACAUUAUGCGCUAUCUGACGCUGUUCAAGUACGGUGGGACGUACCUGGAUCUGGACGUGGUGGUGCUCAAGUCGUUUGACACGCUCGAACCGAACUAUGCCGGGGCAGAAUCGCCGCGCUGGGUGGCGGCCGGAGUGAUGAAUUUUGAACCCGACGGCCACGGGCACGAGCUGGCGGAGAUGUGUGUGAGAGACCUGCUGAUCAACUUCAACGGCCAGGACUGGGGCAACAACGGCCCGGGCGUGAUAACCCGCGUCCUGAAGCAAAUCUGCGCCACCAAGUCUCCCCUCAUGAUGACCCGGGAACGGUGCCGGUUCUUCACCGUUUAUCCACCAGAAGCGUUCUACGCGAUAAACUUUGACGACUACAAGCAGUUUUUCGAGGAACGCUGGCUGGACCAAGCGAUGGCCACCGUUAACCGAUCCGUGGUGGUCCAUGUGUGGAACAAGUUCAGCAAGGACCACAAGGUGCGGGUGGGCUCAAGGGUACUGUACGGGGUGCUGGCAGAACAGUACUGUCCGCGGGUCUAUCGAGCAAGUGGAGAGUUUUUCUAGAAAGUGUGUGCACGUGAGAUCCCAAAGUGUUAAGUUUGUAUGUGUGCUAUACUUAUAUAUUUUACUCGAAUGACCAACUCUAGAACCUGUAGGAGCGUAGAUUUGAAAUUUACCGUAAACCAGGCAUCACGUAAAUCUCUCGAAAUAAGAAUAAACCUAAACGGUUUACAAACAUGACAACAAGUAAACAACUCGAAAAUAGUUUGCAUUUUUAGUAGAAGACAUUAAGCUGCUAAAUCAACUUUGCAAUCGAAAUAGUUAGUAGGUGCAUUAACCCUUCCUCUUACAUGCACGGAGAAGAACAAAUAUCAGGACACACAGGUGCUUGAGAAUCAUCCAUAAACAACUUGAUUCUGAAAAAAGUCAGAGCAAUUUGGAUAUGCAUGGUCCUCGUUACAAAAAUAUUUGAAAAAUCAUUGCUGAUCGAUUCUAAGAAACUAAAAAAAAACGUUGAAAGUCUACAAAAUUAGUUUGUAUCAAAAUUGAGUAAGAUAAUCAAAGGUAUUGGAUUUACAUAAUUUCUUUAGUAUAUCGCACGAAAAAAAAAAUGAACAUCACUCAACGCCAAA